GGGCUAUUAGGCUAGAUUUCUCACGGCUGACGCCACAUACCUAAACUGUAUCGCCGUCUCGGUUAUUUAAAAUGAUUAUUCCUACAACUUCUGGUUCUGGCAUGUUGUGGAAACUGACUUGCGCGUACAGUAAGUAGUAAUUUUACAGCAUGGCGAUACAUUUUUGCAUGCAACUUUUACACUUGUUACAAUGUGACCUCGGUCACUGUAAAAAAUAGUGCGUUUUCUUUCUCAGCUGUCUCCGCAUCUGUAGGUUAUUGUGUGUGCGCAUUUUAAACUGCGUAUAUUACACACUCAUUUAAUUGUAUCAGAUUUUAUCAACGUAUUUGUAUAAACGUGAUGAGAUGGAUUUUAAAGUCUGUUAAGACCACCGUACAUUUGUUUUAAAAUGUGUUUUCAGGACUACCGGUAUUUCAUAAAUUAGGAGGAACGUGCUUACUUUGUAACUGAUCAUUCACUCCAUUUUAAUUCCAAUAAAAACAUACAAAACAAAGCUACCAAUAGAUAACGCAUGCAUACUAGACCCGAUCGCCGAGCCAUUGAAUGGGCCGAAAUAGGCUUCUCCAUGUAGGUUGAUUUGUACAUUACAGUAGCAGAUACCAUGCUAGUGCCAAGCAAGCGAAUCCAAGUCUAUGGGGGGAAUCCCCAUGAGCCAGUCCAGUCAAGCAUAAGCGGGUUUAAAAGCCAGCGUGCGCCUUUAUGGGUGGAGACUGUUACAGUAUAUAGGCCUAGUGGAGCGUAUGAGAGUAACUCUCAGACACAGUUCAAGCAUAUUGAUGUUAUGUUUGAUCACUUUCCCCAAUCUUCUCCCAACACAAUAACACUCGCAUUCCACAAACAAUUUAGUCUGCUGUUUAGUUUUUUUACAUGCUACAUCUCUCCAACAAUGCAUAGAUACAUUGUGCUUGUGUGUGGUGAGAUUUACUGGGUUGAUUUAGCUUCUGCAAUAGCCUAACUGAUGCAACAGUGACAAAAGGAAAUGUGAUUCAUGGAGUAAAGUUGUAACUGAGUUCUCUCUUUUUCACACAGUUCUAGUGGGGUGUCUGCUGCCUGUUGUAGGCACUCACAACAUUAACUGUAAGGUGACCCAACAUCCUAACCAUACAACGACCUAUGACCUCCCUGAAAUUCUGCCUUUGGCCAAUUGCGAGACCCAGUGGUUGGAUGAAAACGUGAGUGACAGCAGAAGAUACCAACAAUAUGACGACUCAUUAAGGAGUUACAUCUGUUGGUAAAAUGUUCAAGUAAUUGUAAGCCUGGUUCUAAAGAGCUUCAGCCUUCUGCUCCAGCCCAGCACAAACAUAGCCCACAUGGUUCAACUAAUCAUGGUCUUGAUGAGCAAUGCAGUGUGUUAGUGCUGAGCUUGAACAAAAGCCUGCGCACCCAGGAGUUGUUUAGGACCAGGAGUUGGGAAACACUGAACUACAGUACUUUAUGUUAGACCUCUUACUUAUGUUGUCUAUUUUACUUUAUUUAGAGCACUGUUCUUGCCAAUGACAAAGAGAUGGAUGAAAACCGUACUUUGGCUCAGACCAGUCACUCCAUCACUAUCUUAGGCUGCCUGGACAGACUGACCUACUCAGUGGACUGCACACAGCCUGUGGUAUGUUGCUGUUACAGGUAGUGGUUACUCUAGUGUUUCUGUUGGAUCUGAUGAAGCAAGGACAUGGUUUAAGAUACACCAAUAAGAUCAUGUGUCUGUCUAUGUCUUAGUGUGUGUCUACACUUCCAGUAUUUAACUUGUUACCUACUUUAUCAGGAUGGACAGGGGUGGGAGGGGUAUGUCAUGUGAGUGAUGGUAUAAGUCCUGACAUGUUCAGGAUAUCUACUAGCAUGUUCUCUCUCUCUCUCUCUGUCCUCUUCAACCCAUUUUUUCUCUCUCUUACAGGCACCAUUUUGGGAGGUGCAGUGCCUCAGUGAGUAAACACACACACACACACACUAAGAACAAUGCUGCUAGAGGCUGUUGUAUGAAUGAGUGACAGGGGAAGUUUGUCACAGUUGACAGACAGCAUAGCAGCAAUACUUUUACUGUGGUGUGGCAGACAAAUGACUGAUUCAUCUCUUUUAUUUUGUGUUCUCCAGCUAACUGCAGUAAUGGACCUUACAAACCUGCCACCAAUCUCCUCAGUAAUGACCAUGUCCCCAUCAAUCAAGGUUAGAGUAAUACCGUUUCACCUUUUCAAUCUGACACGGCUUGCUUUACUGUAGCCAAUCUGACUGCGCACAUUGAACCCGGUUCAAAGAAAAGACCUGACUAUCCUGGGGAAAAACUGGAAGAUAUAACAGUUGACCUGACUCAUCAAGAACUUGGUGUGUUGUCACUUUACCACUCUCCCUUCUCUCCCUGUGUUUACACCCAGGUUCACUUUGAUAUGGAUCAACUGUUUAUUAUCUCACAUUAGCUUAUCCUCAGGUGUGUUUAUCUACUCUAACAGGAUCUUAUUUAACCUCAGAGGCUCAGCUAGGCUCAGAAGGAGUGUUACAGCUGAGAUAACCAGAGAUUAUCAGCUCUAUGAGUUGACUCAAUUCAAUACAUCUUUAUCUUGCAAUUAAACACUUGAAAAACACUCCACUGCUGCCCGGCCUAUGGAGUGGGGCAAUGACAGAGCAGAGGCACUCAGGCUAAACAAACACAGAUUGAGUGUUAGUCAGAUCUCUGGCUCUGAUCUGUAGCUGGAUUGAGACAUAUGGGGAGGUUUUCUGUGUGCUCAGUCUCUCUCUCCUCUCACAUACACAGAUGCUAGGAACAACACAGGUACCUGGGUUCUGAUGGGUGUGGUCAUCACUGUGAUACUGCUGGCUGUGCUGGCAGCAUAUGUAUUAAAGAAGAGGUAUGGAUUAAUGGAUGGAUGGAUAUACGGAUUGUAUGGAUACAUGGAUUGUAUGGAUGGACGGAUAGAUGGAUAUGGAUUGGAUGGAUAGAUUUAAAGGAUGGAUGGAUGUAUAUAUAUGGAUUGGGUGGAUGUAUAUACGGAUUGGAUGGAUGUAUAUAUGGAUUGGAUGGAUAUAUGGCUCGGAUGGAUGGGUUAAUGGAUGGAUGCCAUCAGAAAGUAUUCAGACCCCUUGAAUUUUUUCACAUUUUGUUAGGUUACAGCCUUAUUCUAAAAUGGAUGAAAAAAAAAAAAUCCUCAGCAAUCUACACACAAUACCCCAUAAUGACAAAGCGAAAACAGGUUUUUAGAUUUUUUUGCAAAUGUAUAAAAAAAACGAAUACAUUAUUUACGUAAGUAUUCAAACCCUUUGCUAUGAGACUCGAAAUUGAGCACAGGUGCAUUCUGUUUCCAUUUAUCAUCCUUGAGAUGUUUCUACAACUUGAUUGGAGUCCACCUGUGGUAAAUUCAAUUGAUUGGACAUGAUUUGGAAAGGCACACACCUGUCUAUAUAAGGUCCCACAGUCGACAGUGCAUGUCAGAGCAAAAACCAAGCCAUGAGGUCGAAGGAAGUGUCCGUAGAGCUCCGAGACAGGAUUGUGUCGAGGCACAGAUCUAGGGAAGGGUACCAAAUCAUUUCUGCAGCAUUGAAGGUCCUCAAGAACACAGUGGCCUCCAUCAUUCUUCAAUGGAAGAAGUUUGGAAAGGACAAGACUCUUGCUAAAGCUGGCCGCCUGGCCAAACUGAGCAAUCGGGGGAGAAGGGCCUUAAUCAGGGAGGUGACCAAGAACCCAAUGGUCACUCAGACAGAGCUCUAGAGUUCCUCUGUGGAGAUGGGAGAACCUUCCAGAAGGACAACCUCUCUGAAGCACUCCACCAAUCAGGCCUUUAUGGUAGAGUGGCCAGAUGGAAGCCACUCUUCAGUAAAAGGCACAUGACAGCCCGCUUGGAGUUUGGCAAAAGGCACCUAAAGACUCUCAGACCAUGAGAAACAAGAUUCUCUGGUCUGAUGAAAUCCUGAUUGACCUCUUUGGCCUGAAUGCCAAGCGUCACGUCUGGAGGAAACCUGGCACCAUCCCUACGGUGAAGCAUGGUGGUGGCAGCAUCAUGCUGUGGGGAUGUUUUUCAGGGGCAGGGACUGGGAGACUAGUCAGGAUCGAGGGAAAGAUGAACGGAGCAAAGUACAGAGAGAUCCUUGAUGAAAACCUGCUCAGGACCUCAGACUGGGGCGAAGGUUCACCUUCCAACAAGACAACGACCCUAAACACACAGCCAAGACAACGCAGGAGUGGCUUCGGGACAAGUCUCUGAAUGUCCUUUAGUGGCCCAGCCAGGGCCUGGACUUUAACCCAAUCGAACAUCUCUGGGAGACCUGAAAAUAGCUGUGCAGCAAGGCUCCCCAUCCAACCUGACAGAGCUUGAGAGGAUCUGCAGAGAAGAAUGGAAGAAACUCCCCAAAUACAGGUGUGCCAAGCUUGUAGCGUCAUACCCAAGAAGACUCGAGGCUGUAAUCGCUGCCAAAGGUCCUUCAACAAAGUACUGAGUAAAGGGUCUGAAUACUUAUGUAAAUGUGAUAUUUGAGUUUUUUAACAUAACAAAAUGUGGAGAAGUCAAGUGGUCUGAAUUCUUGCCGAAUGCGCUGUAUAUACGGAUUGGAUGGAUGGAUGGAUAUACUGAUUGGAUAAAUGCAUAGGACUGUGUAUGUGUAGAGUGAAUGUGUUGCUCAAUAUGUUUGCUAUUAUUUUUAUAGAUGUUUCGGCAAGACGUGGAUCAAGAUCCCGACCCAACAAUGUUCUUCAGUGUGAAUGCUAGCUGCCUGGCUGAAUGUUUUGGUUUGGUGGUUGGGUUAAUGCAAUGCAACU